CAAAUAUGACGCAGAUGGAGGGAAAAAAAUCUAAAGAGUCAUAAACAGAAUCCGCGCUGAUGAUUCACCGCGGAAAGGAUCGAUCAGAGCGUUAUAUCGUCGUCAAAUAAAACCGCAGCUCGCGGCGCCGGCACGCCAUUCAAUUGUGUAACUUGCGCGCAGUCGGACGUGCGCGUACACUCGCUACUUGUACAGAUCUUAUCACAAGACAUGGCUCGAGGCGAAGGGUUCCGAGUGCUCCUGCACGUGAUAAAUGGUGUCAUGGUGGUACUCGCGCUGGCGCUCGCAGCCGCCUCCAUCUGGUUCUUCUGCCAGGUGUACGAGUUCACCAGCCUGAGGAACAGUAAUCACUACCUCCUCGACUACAAGCUGUACUGGCCCCAGGCCAUACCGUGGAUCUUCCUCAUCGUCAGUGUAAUAGUGUUGAGUGUAACCUCGUGCGGCUUCUCCGGCGCUAAAAAGAGCAGUCGCGGUCUGCUAACAGUUUAUAUAAUCUGCAUGUCUGUUGUUGUGUUAUUGUUGAUAACCGCCGCGGUGCUUUCUCUCGUGUUCGCCGACAACAAGUCCACGGAUGACUUCGUGAAGGACACCGUGUGGGACGUGUACUUCCAGGCGAAGACAGACAACGACGUCGCAGCGUCUUUCGGCAGCAUCGAGCGCAAGCUGCACUGCUGCGGCGCUGACAGCCCCCGCGACUACAAGAAUUGGAAGUCUGAGUUUCCGAUGUCCUGCUGUGACGUCUACUACCACGGUUUCCUGGACCCAUACACUAUUGAGUGCGAGUUCACUAACAAACUGGCCAACGAGAGGUACGGCUGCUCGACGGUGGCCGCGCAGUACGCCAGAAUCGCCAUCAAGGUGAUGUCAGCGGCGGCGAUAUUCAUUGCAAUCAUCUGUCUGAUUGGCAUCGCCAUCGCCGUCGGCCUGUACAAGGCGCUGGAGCAGAGACCUCCGCCGAUGGUCGUGCAGUACGAGUCCGAAAGCAAAAAGGUUCUAUUAAAGUGUGUCAUCGAUAAAGCUCAAAUUCGCGCGAACGUGAGCUCCGAGCGCGGCGCCCGCGCACGCUUUAUAAAACUAGUUGCGUCAGCGGCGCGCUUUUCAUUACGAAGGCUGCUAUCGGAGACGACGGUCGACAACAUGGCUAAGGUCGAGAUGAUCAAGGGUGUGCUGUACAUCCUCAAUAUAGUGUACGCGGUGUUAGGGCUGGUGACCGCCGCCACCGGGAUUUGGUUCUUCGUGCAGCUGCAAGAGUUUGUCACCCUGAGAAACACCAACCACUAUCUGCUGGACUACCGGGUGUACUGGCCGCAAGUGGCGCCAUGGCUCUUCAUCCUGCUCGGCCUCUUCGUGAUGAUGGUCGCACUGUGCGGCUGGUGCGGCGCCAACAAGGAGAGCCGAGGACUGCUAGGAAUUUACGCAAUAUUCCUGAUCCUGAUCGUAGUCGGGCAGGUUAUAGCUGCCACACUCAUCUUCGUGUUUGUCGACGGCGAGGAUACGGACAGGUUCAUAAAGGACACGGUGUACGACGGCUACUACAACUCGCAGUCGAACCCAGAAGUGUUCAAGGCCUUCGGGCGCAUCGAGCGCAAGCUGCGAUGCUGUGGCGCCAACGACGCUCGCGACUACCGCAGCUUUAGGAACGACCUGCCGCUCAGCUGCUGUCAGGACAGCUACUAUCGCGCCACUUGCGACUUCACCGACAAGGAGGCCAACGAAAGGCUCGGCUGCGCCAAGGUCGCCUCGGUGUACACCAAGAUCAUCAGUUCAUCGGUGGCUGGCGCGUCCCUCAUCAUCUCGUUGUUGGAGAUCGUGGGCGUGGUACUCGCCUGGAAGCUUUUCAACUCGGUGCGGGAGGUGGAGCACUACAUCACGGAGCGCAAGGAGGGCGAGACGGAGUGCUAG